AAUUACCUGAAUUGGCUCUUGAUUAAUAAUGACAGUCAAGAAGAAGAGCUGUUUGGGAUAAACCAGCCAAAGUACAUCAACAGGAUAGGCAUUUAAUUUUAUGCAAAACUUGUUGUUACGCUUAUGUUACUGAUAUAAAUGCUGUCAUGUUUCACACAAGCAGUUGUAGACCCCUUGGUGAUUGUAUACCUGAUAAAAUGAGCGACAGAGUUCGGUGAAAGUGGUAGGAUUAGGUAUGAGAUAAUCCCUGAAUUAAUCCUUAAUAACAUAAGAAGUAGCUUUGAGAUAGCUGGAUGAAAGGUGCUAUGUAGGGAUGGAUGAUAUUUAUAUAUCACUGCUUGUGUGUGCUGUAAUACAUAUAUAUAUAUAUAUAUAUAAAAAAAAUAAUAUUUACUCGUAAAUCACCCUGGCUUUCAGUACAUGAAGAGCAAGGCUGGUGUUUAUCAGUCCUAAUCAUUGUUUGCUGCACUUCAUUUUUUCAUACCAACGAGAUCCCCUAGCAAAGGCAUUGCACGCAGUUACAUGUAUUUCUCUUUUUCCUUUUCUCCUCAGUGCAUUUUGUGGAUGUUUUGUAUCAAAUAGUAUUAAUGCAGAUAGGAUUUCUGUUCCUUUAUCCCAGAACCUCAGGACGUAUGUGGGACCGUGUGGCACAUGUGUACUGUGCUGCUCGGUGUGAGAUAGCAAAUGUUAGGCUCUAGUCACCAAUAAUGGCAUGACUUACUGUCCAGCGAUACCCAAAAAUAUCUUUCCCACAGUUUUUCUUUGUAUAUGUGGAAGUAAUAUGAUUACUUUUUUCCCCACCAUGCAGUUCAGUGACGUUAGCCUGAGAAUUUUCUGUACAAUUGAUUUAUAUGUUCUGGCCAGGACCAGUGGUACAGUCAGUGCUUGGGUCUGCAAAGCUUAUUCGUUGCUGGCAAAAUUAGCAGAAGGCAGAAAGUGCCUGCUGCUUUUUUUCUUUUACUCCUUAUCUUUUUUUAGUUAGUCAAUGACAAGCCAACUGCUAGCAUUUAUGGGAAUAAAUUAUGACUAAAAUAAUUUGCAUUUAAAAUGUAAAUGAAUGAAAGCGUCAGCAAGGAGCCUUCUGCUUUUUUCCUGGUGCACAGACGGGGUACUGGCGUUGGAUCAGCCCAGCGAGACACUCGCCAUGUUACUGAAGAUCACCUUGUCUUCUGGAGGUAGAAGCACAGUGAACAGGUGAAUCUAUUCAGCCAGACAUUCCUCCAGUAGAUCUCUCUCAUCAUGGAGCACCACAGCAGGGAGGAGAUGGACUCAAAAGAGGAAAGUCCUCAGGUGUGGGCUGACUCUGAGCAGGAACAGAAUACUGCUCAGGUGCACUUUGUCCCUGAGGGGGGGACAGUGGCACAGAUUGUAUACAGUGACGAGCAGGACCGUCCCUCACAGCAGGUGGUCUACACGGCGGAUGGCACCUCCUACACCUCCGUGGACACCUCGGAGCAUACGCUCGUUUACAUCCAUCCCGUGGAAGCUACACAGACUCUGUUUACAGAUCCGUCCCAAGUGGCUUACGUCCAACAGGAUGCCACCACCCAGCAGGUAACUGUGCUCUUGCCUGCUGCUGCUCAGAGCAUGAAUCCCACCAACCUGUCCGUGCUCGGCAACGUUGCCGAACCCCCCCAGCAAAUGGGUCUGGAGCAGGGUCCACAAGCAGAUAGAGCAUCGUUACGGGUGCAUAACCAGGUGUUACCUCCUAUGGAGGCAGUGGAUGGUUCUGACCCAUUAGCACCUCUGCAGAAUCAAAUGGGAAGGAUUGCAACAAAAGAGGAAGAUGAUGAGGAUGAAGAUGAGGAUGAAGAUGGGGAAGACACUGACAUGGAUGAAUGGGAUCCGGAUCCACCUCGACCCUUUGAUCCCAAUGAUUUGUGGUGUGAAGAGUGCAAUAACGCGCAUCCUUCUGUGUGUCCAAAACACGGACCUUUGCAUCCGAUCCCAAACCGGCCUGUGCUGACCAGGGCGAGAGCCAGCCUCCCCUUGGUGCUCUAUAUAGACAGGUUUUUGGGAGGAGUGUUCUCCAAAAGGCGUAUCCCCAAACGCACGCAGUUUGGACCUGUGGAAGGACCCUUGGUUAGACAAACUGAACUCAAAGACUGUUAUAUUCAUUUGAAGGUGUCUCUUGAUAAGGGUGACAGAAAAGACAGAGAUUUGCAAGAGGACCUGUGGUUUGAACUUUCUAGCGAGGCUCUCUGUAACUGGAUGAUGUUUGUGCGUCCGGCUCAAAACCAUUUGGAGCAGAACCUAGUAGCGUAUCAGUACGGCCACCAUAUUUAUUACACAACCAUUAAAAACGUGGAGCCCAAGCAGGAACUCAAGGUGUGGUACGCUGCCUCUUAUGCAGAGUUUGUGAACCAGAAGAUCCAUGACAUAUCUGAGGAGGAAAGGAAGGUUCUCAGAGAGCAAGAGAAGAACUGGCCGUGUUACGAGUGCAAUCGUCGCUUCAUGAGCUCCGAGCAGCUCCAGCAGCACCUCAACUCCCAUGAUGAGAAGCUGGACUUCUUCAGCAGAGCCAGAGGCCGAGGUCGUGGACGAGGAAAGAGGCGGUUUGGACCAGGCAGACGCCCGGGGCGCCCUCCCAAAUUUAUGCGUAUGGAAGUAACCAGUGAAAAUGGGGAAAAAUGUGAAGAAGGGACGCAGGACUUGCUGCAUUUUUCCAGCAAGGGGCAGUUUGAUGAGGCCGGACAAGCCACACUGAAUGGGUUGGAGCAGCAGGAACAGACUCCAGUGCCAUCAGAGACGCAGUCGGCACUGGAGCAGCAGUCAGAAAACCACCCGCUACAAAUCCAGCCGCAGCAUGAUGAGAGCACGGUGCCUACGCAGAGCACCAUGACAGCAGAUGACAUGAGGCGAGCAAAGCGUAUCAGGAAUGCAGCUCUUCAGCACCUGUUCAUACGGAAAUCCUUUCGGCCGUUCAAAUGCCUCCAGUGUGGGAAGGCCUUUCGUGAAAAGGACAAACUGGAUCAGCAUGUGCGGUUUCACGGGAGGGAAGGGAACUGCCCUCUGACUUGUGACAUCUGCAACAAGGGCUUCAUCAACAGUGGUGCUCUCGAGAGCCACAUGAAGUUCCACAUGGACCAGAAAACAUACUCCUGCAUUUUCUGUCCCGAGUCCUUUGACCGUUUGGAUCUUCUUAAAGAUCACGUGGCCAUCCAUGUCAAUGAUGGCUAUUUCACCUGCCCUACCUGCAAAAAACGCUUUCCAGAUUUUAUCCAGGUCAAGAAACACGUACGCAGUUUCCAUUCAGAAAAGAUUUACCAGUGUACAGAAUGUGACAAGGCUUUCUGCCGUCCUGACAAGCUGCGACUCCAUAUGUUACGACACUCAGACCGCAAAGACUUCCUGUGCUCCACGUGUGGCAAGCAGUUCAAAAGGAAAGACAAACUGCGAGAGCACAUGCAGAGGAUGCAUAACCCAGAGAGGGAGGCCAAGAAAGCUGAUCGAAUCAGCCGCUCAAAAACGUUCAAGCCUCGGAUAGCUUCCACUGACUACGAAAGCUUCAUGUUCAAGUGCCGACUCUGUAUGAUGGGUUUCCGCCGGAGAGGGAUGUUGGUGAAUCAUUUAUCAAAGAGACAUCCAGACAUGAAAAUAGAAGAGGUGCCCGAGCUCACGUUGCCCAUCAUCAAACCCAACAGAGAUUACUUCUGUCAGUACUGUGAUAAGGUGUACAAGAGUGCCAGUAAACGCAAAGCACACAUCCUGAAGAAUCAUCCUGGUGCCGAGCUACCUCCAAGCAUCCGGAAACUACGCCCUGCGGGUCCAGGAGAGCCAGAUCCCAUGCUGAGCACCCACACCCAGCUGACAGGCACCAUAGCCACCCCUCCGGUCUGCUGUCCUCACUGUUCCAAGCAGUACAGCAGUAAGACAAAGAUGGUACAGCACAUUCGCAAGAAGCAUCCGGAGUUUGCUCAGCUGCCUAACACAAUACAUGCCCCGCUGGCGACAGCUGUCAUCAGUUCCACUCCUGCCGUUCUAACCACCGACAGCACUACUGGAGAGACUGUUGUGACAACAGAUUUACUGACACAGGCAAUGACGGAGAUAUCCCAGACCCUCACAACAGACUAUCGGACUCCCCAGGGAGAUUACCAGCGAAUCCAGUACAUCCCUGUGUCUCAGGCCACAACUGGCUUGCAGCAGCCUCAGCACAUACAGCUGCAGGUAGUUCAAGUGGCCCAGGCUACCUCACCUCACCAGUCGCAGCACUCCACAGUGGACGUUGGGCAGCUUCAUGACCCCCAGACGUAUACCCAGCAUGCCAUCCAGGUGCAGCACAUCCAGGUCACAGAGCCAUCGCCAGCAACUCAGCCACCAUCACAGGUUGGGGGUCAGCCUUUGAGUCCCUCCUCGCAACAAUCUCAGCAGGAACUCAGCCCCUCGCAGAUGCAGACAACUACAUCUACACCAAACCAAGCCCUCCAGCAGCAGCAAGGGUCUUCAGUCCAGCACGCGUAUCUUCCCAGCACUUGGAACUCAUUUCGGAGCUAUUCAUCUGAGAUUCAGAUGAUGACCAUUCCCCAAGGCCAGUACGUGAUCACAGAGACCGCUGUAGGUACACCGGUCACCACUGUCAACACAGGGCAAGUGAAAGCAGUUACUCAGACUCACUAUGUGAUAUCUGAAGGUCAGCCUGAUCUGGAUGUCAAACAGAACUCUUCGCUCUCCAGCGAGGUACAGGUUGGCGUUUCCCAGCCACCAGCCCACACGGAUACCUUGGAAUCGCAAACGAGCAGUCAGCAGCAAACCACCCAGUACAUAAUCACUACAACCACCAAUGGGAACGGUGGCAGCGAAGUGCACAUCGCUAAACCGAGAACUUUCUCGGCAGAACAUGAAUGAAGAAGCCUUGCGGUGUCGUUUGCUUGUACUUGUCACCUUCCCCAAAAACCCAGCUAGAUGGGUAUCCUGGAGCUCAGUGUUUUAAAGUAUAUGCUCAAAUAACUUCAACUACAAUCUUGGAGCUCUUGUUAAUGCUUUAAGAGGGUUUAAGUCCCCAGUGACCAUGAAGAAGUACCCUCAAAAUCCUUCUGGGAUGCCAUUUUAUGCAGCUUUUAACAAAAAGGACAAGAGAAGUGAAACCUGUGCUUGCUCUGGACUUUAUUUUUUGGCAUGCUGCUGAUCUUUAUUUUUCCUUUUUGGAAGUGUCUCCAGUAAACAACUUUUUAUUUCAAAUUGUAUGGGGAAAAAGCUUGCCUAACUGAAGGCGAACUGGCAGAUUAUGUCGUAUGUAUAGUUUUAAAUGGGAGGACAUCAUGUAAAUUGGAAGAAUAUGGCCGAACUGAUUCCUGUGUCUUUGUUUCAGCAGCCAAGGCGAAAGGGAAUAUACCAGCACAAUGUGAGCAGACUGCCUGGGGAAAAAGAGCAGCAGCAAAGCGGUGGCUCCUUGCAUAUGUGUGCAGGGAUGGAUAUAACAAUGAAGCUGUGAAGAUGUGCCGAAGCAGUCCAUUAAAUUAUUAUUUUUUCCAACCCUUGAAGUGUUUACAUGCUGUCUGCCCUGCCCUAUUUUUACCAAGCAGUUCCAGAAAGAAUGAAAAGUGCAGUCUUAAACCCACGUUUGGGACAAAUUCAUUGAAAUCAUAGUAGCACGUAACGGUAGUACGGAGCCACUGUUAUGUCUCUUCGCUCUCCAGCAUUUACAGGGAAAAUCACCUUUUUGCCUGUAAUUUAAAAAAGGCUCAGCUCAGCCUGCUGUGACCGAAAGACAGUUAUGCCAGGAGAAAACAAGGGUACAGGAGCACACCUCUGAGGAGGCAGGGUAGUUGUCUCUGUUGCCACCUCAAAGCGGACAUCUUUUUUCCCCCCCGAAGCCUGGAUGGAGAGUUGGUUACCCUGAUUUUUCCAAAUACCUUGUUAACAACGCACUGUAAUUCCUUUGGACAGUUCUGUAAAAUGACCAGCCCUGGACUCAGGAAACACAAAAGAAAACAUGCUAGUGGACCACUGUUUAUGGGACACAGAAAGCUAUCUGUGAGGGCUGCCUGCUUUGGUAGACCUGGUCCUUGUACAGAAUUCAUGUUACAUUUAGGAACCAGGAGAAAGGGAAAGAGAAAGUUUAUCUUUUAAGGCAGUGUAUUUAUAUUUUUUUUUUUACAUAAUUCUCCCUCACAGGUCUUGUUGGUUGGUUAUUUAAUGCAUUCUGGUAUUUGCAAGAAUAUGACUAGAACUCCAUUGUCUCCUGAUGGGAUAUACUGUGUAUGUCUAAACCUCCUUUCACUCUGCUUGAAAUCUCAUCCCAGAAUGUCUGUGCAUAAUAGGAUACAUUUAUUUAUAAAACAAAAGCCAAGAAGGAUGUUUUGUCUUAAUGGCCCUUGAGACUGAAGGACUGAGAGAGGUUGGGGUUUUUUUGCUUCAUUUUUCUCUUGUGCUGCACUGAGUGUGACUGCAGGACUCUUUUCCAUAGGUACUCCCACAGAUUGAGAUGAGGAUUACCUGUGUGAGUAAACGCUACAGAUGUUUGCAGGUUGUGCUAUCGGGCCUUACGCAGUUAAAGCUCUUCGAUGUGAGAGAACUUAACGUUUGGACUGGCCAAGAGGAGGUCCGGUUCCUUGCAGGCAAAGCCUGGUAGCAGGUAUUGCUUUGCUAAUUAACAGAUCUGUUAAUAUGGCAUGGAAAUAGUGAUGAGAGAACUCAGAUUGAAAAUACUGGCUAGCUCAGAACUUUGAGGCAGCUUUGAAGUGACUUGCCAAAAUGCAGAUGACUUUGUUCUCGGGAUUUCGCUUCUCUUGCUGUACCACUGUCCUGGGGCAUUAACAAGGUGGGUAAAGUUAACAAGGACCAGAGCUCCCAUUUAGUCAUGUGCAGUGAUGUGUGUCUUCCCAAUUUGGGAGCCCACAGUGGCCAGGUGGCUGCAGUUCCUGCUAAUUUGCUUGAAGUUGUGUUGUCGAGGGCUUCUGAAUUACAACGUCGGGCAUUGCGAUGUUGUUGGUGUGGGAUAAGAGAUUUUUGUCUUGGCAUUCUUCAGGCUGCUAGAUGAUUUUGUAACGAGUUAAAAGUGGUAUGAGUAAUGGGAAAAUAGGAGACUUGGAGAUGGGAUAUUUCAGGCAGAUUUUAAAGUCUUAAAAGGCCUGUAGUCUUUAUAGAUGAACAUCAAACUUUUUCCCCUUAAUGAUAUGGCAAAUGGAGGGGAGGGUUAAAAAUAUUUUUCUCUAUUCACCCUUGUUGGAAAGGGUCACAGAAUGAGAACACUUGUACCAGUUAUUUAAAGCUUAAAACUACAAGGUGUUCCAAAAACAAUGUUAAAACAGCCUCUUUGGACUCAAAUAUUCCUUAUCAAAGUUUCUGCUCUGUCCCACAGCAAGGCAGCGUGCUCGGUACCCGCAUUAAGUGGUUCACGGUGUCCCAGGUGAACGAACGCCUCGUUGCGCAAGAAGCGUCCCUGGAAAUUGAACUAUCAUGAAUUUUCCUUUCCAAGCAAGGAACUGCAGUGAGUGCACAGUUGGCAGGUGCCUGCUUGUAGAAAGACAACCAAAAAAAAAAAAAAAAAAAGACAAGUUUGCAUGGAUUUUUUUUUUCCCAAUUUCUGCAGUGCAGAAGGUAUAGGAUUUAUUAUUCUUUUUAAACCAGAGCAACCCAAAGAUCUGUAUCUUAGGUUAUGUCCCACAGGAGCUUAACUCUGGAGUCCUCUGUUACUUGCAAGGGCCACGUUCUGCUCAAAGCUGGGCUCCUCUGAGGCUUCACCUUUCUCCUUGUAGGUGUUUUGGGUCAGAUUCUGUAUUUUCCUGGAUGGGGGGGAAAAAAAAAACCCAAAACAUGAGCCCCCUGAAUUUGCACCUCUCGGACUGCUCGGGCUCUUUGACUCUGCCCCUUCUCUUAUUUAACUGUGUAUGUUUGUUGUACAUUCGGUGACUGUUAUCGUGUUCAUAGUCUCGUGCAACAUGGCAGGUGUAAAAAAAACAAAACAAAAAAAACCCAACAAAAAACCCCCACCAAACCCCACAACUGAAAU